GCGGAUUUCGAUGGCUCGAGCUAGACAAACUACCUGAUAUUCAGUCUAUUUCUCUAACUGCUAAACGAGAUAGUACUUGGGAAGUAAAAUUAAAAUAUCUGGAUCACAUUCAUCCAACACAUACUGACUAUCCGCUUUGCCCAGAACGUCGAAUAGUUAAGUGUAAUGAGCUUAGUACUCAUCAAAAAGACUUAAUUGAUAAAUUGAGUGGG